AUGGCACAAGAAAAGGAAACCAACGUUAGGUACCUAGUGGCAUUUCUUCUAGCUUUCUUAACUAUGGUCUCGUGUGGCUCUGGGGUUGGAGUGAACUGGGGAACCAUGGCAACACACCAGCUUCCACCAGAGAAAGUGAUUAAGAUGCUUCAAGAAAAUGGUUUUGAUAAAUUGAAGCUGUUUGAUGCUGAAGAAUGGAUUAUGGCAGCUCUUUUGGGGACUGAUAUAGAGGUGAUGCUGGCAGUACCCAAUAACAUGUUGGAGGAGAUGAGUAAGAAUCCUAAGGUUGCAGAUUCUUGGGUUGAUGAAAAUGUCACCAGUUACUUGUACCCUGGUGGACUAAAUAUCAAGUAUAUUGCCGUGGGUAAUGAGCCUUUUCUUAAGGAAUAUAAUGGCACCUAUUUACACUCAACUCUGCCAGCUCUUAAGAAUAUACAAACAUCCCUUAAUAAAGCAGGCCUUGGUUCAAAGAUCAAAGUCACUGUUCCCUUCAAUGCUGAUGUUUACUAUUCACCCGACUCAAAUCAAGUUCCAUCAGCUGGUGACUUCAGACCUGAAGUUCGAGACUUGACAAUUGAAAUAAUCCAGUUCUUAUAUUCAAACAAUGCCCCUUUUACUGUCAAUAUCUAUCCUUUCCUUAGUCUUUAUGGAAAUGAUCAUUUCCCCUUUGAUUUUGCAUUUUUUGAUGGGAGUAACAAGCCCCUUAUAGAUGGUGAUUCACUUUACACCAAUGUGUUUGAUGCAAAUCUGGAUACCCUUCUGUGGGCUUUAGAAAAGGCAGGAUAUCCAGACAUGAAUGUUAUAGUUGGAGAAGUUGGAUGGCCAACUGAUGGUGAUGUGAAUGCUAAUGUCCAGAAUGCAAAAAGGUUCAACAUGGGUUUGCUUAAACAUGCUCUGAGUGGAAAUGGUACCCCUAAAAGGAAAAGCAAAAUUGACAUUUAUUUAUUCAGCUUGAUUGAUGAGAAUGCUAAAAGUAUUGCUCCUGGCAACUUUGAGAGGCACUGGGGAAUUUUUGAGUUUGAUGGGAAGCCAAAGUAUGAAUUAGACUUAACAGGUCUUCAAGAGAAUAAGGGUUUGGUUCCUGUGGAGGGUGUAAAGUACAUGGAAAAGCAGUGGUGUAUCUUGGAUCCAGAUGCUACAAACUUGCACUAUUUGUCUGAUAGUAUUGACUAUGCUUGUACCCUAUCAGAUUGUACUGCUCUGGGCUAUGGUUCUUCUUGUAAUAGUCUAAGUCUCCAAGGGAAUGCAUCUUAUGCAUUUAAUAUGUAUUAUCAAGUUAAUAACCAGAGGGAUUGGGACUGUGAUUUCUCUGGUUUGGCUAUCUUAACAGAUGAUGAUCCAUCAGAAAAAGGGUGUCAGUUUCCUGUGAUGAUCUCUCAUGGUUGUUCUGCUUUGAUGCAGCAUGAAGGGCUUUCAGAAAUCCUAAUGAAAGCUUUUGGUAUAUCUAUUUUUCUUGUAUUUUUACUAUAG